UGAAAAUGUGAAAUGUAAUUAUCUGGAGGGAAAAGAAUGAUCAAGAAAAGGACUAUCUUACAAUACCGGGGAAGCUAGCAAAAUUCAAGCAAUAAUGACUAUAAAUUUAAGUGUGUCGAAAUGUAACAAAGUUUCCCAAAUGUGACGUUUACUAAAUUUAGUGCCAAAACAAUGUUUUGCAGUAAAGAACUUAAACUACUCUAUGCAACUGUUGUUCUAUUGCUUGAAGCUGAAUUGUUAGUGAACACAGGUGCUAUGGAGUCGAAGAGGUCUUCCAUUUUGGUCACGCAAAAUGCAGAUGAUCUUAAGUCUCUGGAAUUGUGCACUACAAGAAAUCAACAAAGAUUAGGUAGUGUUUUUGGGAAUUUUACACGACAUCACAAGAAAGGACACCGAAGAAGAACCACUACGACAACUUCGUCGACACAAACGACAAUAACUUAUACAACAACUGACAGCAAUGAAGAUUCCACAGAAUCUUAUACGACGAGUGCCUAUAAUCUUAGCACAAGUACAACAUAUCCUAAACUACCAAAACCACUUCGUCUGUCAUCCCUUUCCUUAGAUAAAGACUUCGAUGAUAAUGUACAUAAUAAUAUAAAUAAUGUUAUAGAAACAGUUAGAGAAAUAAGCCAUGAGAGGCAUCAUAAUAAACACCAUGAACGCUUACAAGAUAAAGAAAUUAUUACGGAAUUAGAUGAAACAUCAAUAUCUAAAUCUUUAAAUAAAGUUAAGAAAUUGUACAGAGAUUCUUCUGCAUCGGCAGUUAAUAAGUUAAGUGGAAAAGCUAAGAAUGGUAUAUUUUUGACUGACAAUUGUACUACUGUCAUAGCUCAAAUAGGAACUACUGCAAUAUUACAUUGUGAAGUUAGUGACAUAACGGAAAAUACGGUGACGUGGAUCAGGAGGAAAGAUUACUCACUGUUAUCAGUCGGCCUUGUCACUUAUAGUGCAGACAGCAGAUUCUUUUCGGCCCACGGGAGACAUGUCAAGGACUGGGCGUUACACAUACGCUUCGCAACGUCAGCUGACGCUGGAUACUACGAGUGUCAAGUGCCAACCCAUCCGCCUACUAGCAUUUUUUUUAAACUAGUUCUUGUUGCGGCGUACGCAGAGAUAAUGGGCGAAUCUGAAAAAAUCAUCCACGAAGGUUCGAUGUUGAAGCUAGUGUGUGUGGUCAAGAGGUCCACAGAGCCACCCUCCUAUGUUUUCUGGUACUUCGAGAACCGGAUGAUCAACUAUGACCUGAAUGGAGUAAGCGUCCACAACGGCCGGCAAACCAGUGAGCUAAUUAUCGGAAAAGCGGAGCCACGGCACGCUGGAAAUUACACGUGUGUGCCGGCCAACGCGAAAGCGGCCUCAGUAACCGUGCACGUCGUUCAGAGUGAAACGCCAGCCGCAAUGCAGCACGGGAAUAAUUCGUCAGUGGAAACACAAGUGCAUUUAGCGCACUCGUUAAUACUAUUGUCGCUUUUCGCGCUGUUCCAACGGAAUGUGAGGGGGCCCGGAUAA